CAUUGUUGAUGUUCCAUGUUGUAGAUAGUGGAGGAGAUCGUGGCAGGCAUCGUAGAAAAGAUUCCUCGGCCUUUCAACAUUCAGGACGUGAUGGAAAUGUUCCCGGUGCUCUAUGAAGAGUCCAUGAACACAGUGCUCAUCCAGGAGGUCAUCAGAUACAACAAUCUGCUGGCGGUCAUCUCUCAGAGUCUCGGAGACAUCGUGAAGGCUCUGAAAGGUUUGGUGGUGAUGUCGUCUGAACUGGAGCUCAUGGCCAGCAGCCUGUUCAUCAACGUGGUGCCCGAUAUGUGGAAAGCCAAGGCCUACCCGUCCCUGAAGCCUCUGGCAUCCUGGGUGUCAGACCUGAUUCUGAGGAUCAAUUUCCUGCAGAAAUGGAUCUGUGAUGGCAUUCCACCUGUUUUCUGGAUUAGCGGCUUCUUCUUCCCGCAGGCUUUCCUCACAGGAACGCUCCAGAACUACGCCCGCCGCUCUGGCAUCUCCAUCAACACAAUUGGAUUUGACUUUGAGGUCAGACAGUGAGAUGUUUGUCUGACAGUGCUUUUGUAACUAUUUUUUCACUACUAGCUAAACUACAGCACUACAUGUUUUCAGCAAUAAUAUAUCAUUUAUACAAACACACCAAAUCUU